GCGGGAGGAGGCGGAGCGCUGUCCCCGGGAGCGGAGCCCUCGGGCCGGCGGGGCCGCCUGAUGCUGAUCACCGGGCUCUCCGUGGCUGCAGGCCUGGCCGCUGCCGUGUGGCUGGGCCGCUGGCUGAUGGGCAGUGAGUCCCCGGAGCCUGGGCCCUCGAUGCGGGGCCGCACGGUGAUCGUGACCGGGGCGAACAGCGGCCUCGGCCGGGCCACAGCAGCGGCGCUCGCCCGGCUCCACGCCCGGGUGAUCAUGGCGUGCCGCGAUGAGAAGGCCGGGGCCCGGGCCGCCCGCCAGAUCCGCCAGGAGAUCGCCGGGGCCGGGGCCGGGGCCGGGGCCGGGGGGGAGCUGCUGGUCCGGCCCCUGGACCUGUCCUCACUGCGGUCAGUCAGGGGCUUCUGUGACAGGAUCACCCGGGAAGAACCAAGGCUCGAUGUCCUGAUCAAUAAUGCAGGAAUUUUCCAGUGUCCCUACAUGAAAACAGAGGAUGGUUUUGAGAUGCAGUUCGGAGUGAAUCACUUGGGUCACUUCCUUCUGACCAAUCUCCUCCUUGACCUUCUCAAACGCUCUGCUCCAAGCAGGGUGGUGGUCGUAUCCUCCAAACUGUACAAGUACGGUGAAAUCAACUUUGAUGAUCUCAACAGUGAGAAAAGCUACAACAAAAGCUUCAGUUACAGCAGGAGUAAAUUGGCUAAUAUUCUGUUCACUCAUGAGCUAGCCAAGCAGCUGGAAGGCACUGGUGUUACUGUGAAUUGUCUACAUCCUGGCAUUGUGCGCACAAACCUGGGAAGACACAUCAAUAUACCCUUACUUGGGCAACCGAUUUUCAAGAUGGUCUCUUGGGCACUCUUCAAAACACCAGAACAAGGAGCACAGACCACGCUUUACCUAGCUACCUCUCCAGAAGUUAAAGGGGUAUCCGGAAAAUAUUUUGGAGACUGCAAAGAAGAGGAAUUGUUGCCAAAGGCGACGAAUGAUGCAGUUGCAAAGAAAUUGUGGGAUGUGAGUGAGAGAAUGGUGGGACUGAUCUGACCACUAAAGUAUUGUAAAUAUCCUGUUGGGAAGCUGCCUGAAACGAAAAACUAAUAGUUUGUGAAUUAUUGCCUACUUGAAUUAAAAAGUUGCAGUUUGUGUUUAAAAAAUAGUUAACAUUAAGCACAGUCUGGAUGACAUUUUCAAAGAGUUUAAGUUUGUGUUUGCAUGGAAUGAUAAAGUAAUAUAUUGGAACAUGUUGUUGGAUGUGAUUAAUUUUCUCCAUUGAUAUUGCGGUCUCCUGGACCUUUGAAAGUUUGCAGGAGCAUUAAUGAGUCCCAUUCCUCCAUUCUAACUCUUGAGUGAAGGCUAGUCCUAAACUCCAUCCCUGAACUUAAUUCUUUUUAAUGGUUUGUGCUGUUGUGUAAUGGAAAUGCCUGGUCCUAAUUAAUUAUUACUUUAUUGAGGCUACCUGCCAUGUCUGACCAAUGGAACCUUUCACUGCAGUGUAAGUGAAAGGAAUUAAAUUACUUCAAAUUUUGUCUCACUUGGCAAAUAAAUACAAUUCCUGAA